AUGUUCAUUAGCAAACGAAACUGUAGAGCGGCUCUUGCAAACCUUUAUAAGGAAGGUGCUGUCGUCACUGGAAAGGAUUUCGAGAUCAAGCACGGUGAAAUGAGCGUAUCAAACCCUGAAGUAAUCAAAGUAAUACAAUCAUCGAUUUUAACGGGAUACUUUAAGACUCAAUGCUCAUGGAAAUGGUACUACCACCUCUCAUCCCAGAACCUUUAG